UUUUCUAUGGGGCUGCGCACAACCCGCACCUGUCUCUCUCUUAUUCUCAUUUAUUUUUUUUUUCAGUUUUCCAAAGGCCAUCGUUUACUAGUUCCAAAUAAUAUUCCUUUAAAUUGUUCUGGAGAAAGUUGGGAAGAUGCCAGAAUUGGGGAGGAAGAAAGUUAUGACGUUGAAAAGGCAGAAAAUGAAAAAAGAAAUAAAUCACCAAAUAUAUGUGAAGAAUUUACAGGUUAUCGCCCUCUCUCCGCCUCCUUAGGCCACUACAACCCUCGUUACCGUCAAAAACGUUCUGGAAGUAACGGAGUAGGAGGGAUAUGUUCAGCACUUAAAAAGCACCAACAAAACCACCAAAAUUCUUCAGAACUACCUUCCAAAAAUCGUUCUUCUUCAAUUCGUUCUUCCUCAGUUUCAACAAUUGGGGGAGGAUGUAGUAAAGGGACUUCUUCUUCCUCCCUACCUUUGUGGAGAAGACAUUUAAAAAGCAGAGCUUUUCGUGCAACACUUUUAGUCAUUUUAGCUCAUGUAUUGCUGUGGUCCCCAUAUAAUUUUUAUGCUUUAAUGAAGCAUUGUAAUGAAAGAAUUUACGAACAAUUAAGUGAACAGGCCAAUGUUUUGAAGGAUUUACAAUUUUUAAUUGUGUUAAUUAACCCUUUUCUUCAUGGAUUUGGAAGAAGAAUUCAGGGGAAAGAAGGAAAUAUUGGGAAAGAUACAAACAAUAAUAAUCAAAAUAAUCAUCAAAACACACAAAAUUCUUAA